GAUUAAGGUCGCGACUUUGACUAGUGUUCUGCCGUUGUUGGCCCGCCCUCCAUCCCUGAAAAAAUAAGGGCCCUUUCACAAGAAAUGGAGGGGCGCUCCUCCCACUUUCAAUUAUUAAAGUGGAAACAAGUUGCGUCUCCCAAUUGGAUGUACCUUUCCACACACUGCUCGCUGCUCAGAUCUGAUCGGGUCUUGCUCUCGACCUCCUUUGUGCUUUCCUGGGUUUGGCGUGAGGUUUGCCCGGUGUCUUCCACGCGAGUCUUUGUUGUCUCAGAUUGUCGCAGGUAUCCGGGGACGUCGCUUUACUUUGCGGCGCCUCAAAUUCCUCGAAUCACACAACCUACUCUGCUUCUUUUCUCCAGCAAAUCAUUCGUUCUCUCUUCCCCAAAAUUCCGGCUUCUAGAUCCCAUAGCCAUACGAGUAUUACCGCCACAACCCAAAACCCAUCAAACAAUUCCAACUCCUUUUGACUACCCGAUCAUCCCGAGCUAUAAAAACCAUCACCUGCUCGGCUCAUCAUUCUCAUCCACUCUCUCUGUUUUCCAUUUCAAGAAUGCCAAUUCUGAGACUCCAUGAACCAGCUGCGAAUUCCCCACCUCCCAAGCCUCUCAUCCCGGGGCUACCCGACGACAUAGCAGAGCUGUGCCUCCUUCACCUGCCCUACCCAUACCAAGCUCUGGCUCGCUCCGUUUCUUCUUCCUGGAACAGAGUCCUCCAAGACCCCACCUUCCUCCUCUCCAAGACAUCCCUCUCCCUCUCCCUCCCUUACCUCUUCGUCUUCGCCUUCCACAAGUCCACAUCCAGGAUCCAGUGGCAAGCCCUCGACCCCCGUUCCGGGCGCUGGUUCGUCCUCCCCCCCAUGCCCUGCCCCAAGUCCGCCUGCCCACCCGCCUUCGCCUGCGCUUCCAUGCCCCGCCAGGGCAAGCUGUUCGUCCUCGGCGGCAUGCGCACCGACACCGAGUCCCCCAUGCGGACCGCCGUCGUCUACCACGCCUCCACCAACCAGUGGUCCCCCCUGUCCCCGAUGCGGACCCCGCGGGCUUUCUUCGCAGCCGGGGUUGUCGGUGAAGGCGGCGGCAGUAUCGUGGUCGCCGGCGGGAGCGGCCCCGACCUGUCCAGCUCGACGGCGGCCGUAGAGCGCUACGACCCGAGGGAGGACGCGUGGCGGGAGGCGGCGGGGAUGGGAGGGAAUGGGAUGGUGAGGUACGACUCGGUGGUGGUGGGGGGGAGGAUGUACGUGACGGAGGGAUGGACGUGGCCGUUCAUGUUCACGCCGAGAGGGGCGGCGUACGACGCGGAGGGGGACACGUGGCGGGAGAUGGGACGGGGGAUGAGGGAAGGGUGGACGGGGCUGAGCGUGGUGGUCGGAGAGAGGCUGUUCGUGAUAUCGGAGCACGGGGACCAUCAGUUGAAGGUGUUCGACCCGGAAGAGGACACGUGGAGGUACGUGGGAGGGGAUAGGUUCCCCUGCGAGGAGGUGCACAAGCCUUUCGCCGCGAGCGCGGCGGAGGAGGGGGCGGAGGAGGAGGAGGCGGCGGUGAUCUACGUGGUGGGGAGCGGGCUCCGUGUCGGGGUCGGGACGGUCCGGGUCUGCAAGGACGGUGAGUUUUGGGUGGAGUGGCGAGUGCUGGCUGCUCCUAAAGCUUUUCAGGAUCUGUCUCCUUGUAAUUGUCAGGUGCUUUAUGCCUGAACCCAAGAUUUUGAAGUAAUAAAACUGGGUUAAACUUAUACA